AUGUCCGUUCGCUCCGAAAGCCCAGGGAGCUCGCUUCCCUGUUCAUCGGUCUUUAUCACAAGCCUUAUAGGGCAGCUCGCCGUCUGUAACCGAACCCAGGAGCUUCCAGAUGGUAUCUCGACAAUACCCAAUGCUGGAGAUGAUGAAGGAGACUCACCGAGAAACCCAUUGUCGCAGCUGUCGGCAGAUGUCCUGGCAAAGGUGAAGCCGUUGCUGUUGACGUUGCACUGCCUAUUCCCAAGCGAGCUGCUCCUGGCUCUUGAUAUCCUCGACCGGAGCCUGAUUACUAGAUACACCGUCAAGCCCAGAGACAGGAGGCCCCGAGGAGGGACUACACAUUGCCUAGGGCACGAGGGAGAUGGGCGCGAGAUAGAGGUAUACUGUGGAAAAGUUCCAAGGGAACAGCAGCAGCACCACUAUAUGGACGAAGACGACGACUACGAGGGCGAAUGUUUUGAUAGUGAGAUAUACUUCGUCUUGUCCUCUGCUUCAAAAAGGAGGCUAGGAGCAGAGGAAGACACACGCCACCGCCAGCAAGAGAAUGAAUACCAGGUUUGCCUUGAUGCAUGGAACUGCACUUGUCCUGCGUUUACGCUGGCCACUUUUCGAGAUCUCGACUCGGAGGAUGAUGAGGCAGGGCCACAAACCAAAAGCGAUAUUGAAUUACCAAUAAGCAAUGAACCGGUUGAUACCAUUACAAAGAGGAAAAACUGGGUGUUUGGCGGGUGUCUGACCCAAAGUACACCCUUGUCCGGGUUUAUUUGGCAGCAAAGUAAGGAGGUGUGA